AUGGAGACGCCAGCCGUGUCGCGGCAUCAGAAGCUCGUAACAGACGUUCUUUCGUGGGUGUUCAAUGUCGUUACAUCUGUCGGUAUCAUCGUGGUCAACAAGUACCUGAUGGUACAUUACAACUUCCAGUUCGCCGCCACGCUCACCGGCCUCCACUUCAUCAUGACGUCGCUGAUGACGUCAGCGUUGCGUCUGAGCGGGUACCUGGAACCUUCGCAGCUGCCGCUGAUGGAGCAGGUGAAAUUCGCGCUGACUGCCAACGUGUCCAUCGUGGGGAUGAACGUCAGCCUGAUGUGGAACAGCGUCGGAUUCUAUCAGAUUGCCAAGCUGGGCAUGAUUCCCGUCUCCUGCGUGCUCGAGGUCUUCUUUGACCGCAUGCGAUACUCCCAGGGCUCACGCCUCUCCGUGCUGCUGGUGCUGAUAGGCGUGGCUACGUGCACGAUUGCUGACAGCAGUCUCAGCGUGAAGGGCAUGGUCGCAGCGGCCGUUGCUGUCUGCUCCACCGCCCUGCAGCAAUACUACGUGCAAUACCUGCAGAAGAAGUACCGACUGGGCUCGUUCGACCUGCUCUCCCACACAGCACCCGUGCAAGCGGGCUCGCUCGUGCUGCUGGGGCCGUUCAUAGACUGGCUGUUGUCCGGUGCCCGGGUGGACAGCUACGACUUCAGUGUGCCCUCUGUGCUGUGCAUCGGGCUGUCAUGCCUGAUAGCCGUGGCGGUCAACGCGAGUCAGUUCAUCUGCAUCGGUCGCUUCACAGCCCUCACCUUCCAGGGCCUGGGCCACAUGAAGACUCUCUCUGUGCUCGUGCUUGGAUACGCCAUUUUUGGAUUGGACGGUCUCAAUGCAUCGGUCCUGAUGGGGAUGCUACUUUCCAUAAUGGGAAUGGCUGAGAGACCAGGCCAUGUCUGGCAAGACCUUGAUGGUGACAGGCAAAUUCAUGGAGAUUCGGGCCAUCAGAUAAGGUGCGACGACAAGGGAUAUAGACAGUUGUCACCCUCCACUCACUCACCACAGGCACGAGCAUCACAACCAUUCUGUCCCGGCCAUCAUACUUCCGUCGGCAUUAAAACCGGUUCGCCGUAUCUUCACAUCACACAACCGUCGGCCAUGUCGCUCGAUGAUGUAUCCGAUGGUCCUCUGGAGCACACUCUCCUCGUCGUUCGUGAAGUCUCCGUGUACAAAAUACCUCCGCGACAGUCGUCAGGUGGUUACAAAUGCGCAGAGUGGCUCGUUGGCGACAAGAUUUGGGGGGGACGCCUCCGCGUUGUUUCCGUCGGCGAAACGUGCGAAAUCCGCCUGGAAGACAGUAACACCGGCGAGCUGUUCGCCGCGUGCCACGUGGCGCCUGGUCGACGCGACGCGUCGGUCGAAGCGGCGACGGACAGCUCGCGAUACUUCGUGCUUAAGAUCGACGACGGUCGCGGUCGCCACGCGUUCAUCGGGCUCGGAUUCGCGGAGAGAAACGCUGCUUUCGACUUCAAUGUCGCGCUAACCGAUCAUGAGAAGCAUGUUCUGAACGAAAGGCAAAGAGCUUCGGAUGUGGCGUCAGGGGAAGCAGAUUCUGCGCAAGAAGAUUCUCAGCCGAAAUUGGACCUGAAAUUGAAGGAAGGCGAAACCAUCCGCAUCAGCAUGAAAAAGCCAUCCUCCUCCGCCUCCUCCUCCUCAUCAUCUUCCUCCUCCCGCCCUUCCUCCUCAUCUUCGUCAGGCCGGGUAGCCGUUCUAGCUCCCCCUCCCGGCGACAGCAGCAGAAGCAGAAGCAGCAGCAGCAGCAGCGGUGGCAUCGCGCGCCUUGCUCCUCCUGCUGGCUCCUCGUCUCGCUCUUCAGUCUCUGGGCCCCCUCCAGCAGCAGCAGGAUCAGCAGCACCAGCAGGCGACGCAGCAGCAAGAGGAGGGGGAAAUCUGGCUGCAUCAGGGGAGGGAGCUCAGGCAGGAGCUUUCGCGGAUUUCUCACAGCUCCAGUCGUCCCUCCCAUCAGCAACCCAGCCUGCUCCAUCCAAUCCACCCUCAAGCGCCAACGCCCCUGCAGCAGCAGGAUGGGCCACCUUCUGA